CUCCACGGCUCCUCCUCCGCGGCUCUUCCACGGCUCCACGGCGCACAGAGGAACCGGAGAGCCCGCAUAUGCGCCCGCACACACCCGGAGCACCGAGCCCCGCUGCCGGUAAGAGCCACAGUCUGUCGCGGCGCCCCGGAGACUCUGGUCCGGCUGCGUGUCCCGCGCUGGUCCGCCUCUUCCACGCGUCUUCCAUCAUGUCUCCGCGGCGGGGGCUUGUGUUUACCGGGGCGUAGGUGUGGGCACAGCCGGGGGGGACUGUGCGUUCUCUGGGAGCGAAGACAAACUCGGCCCCCAGAGCCGUUUGCCGGGCGCGCAGACUCUGAGGCGUGGGGCAUGGACGUGGGCAUGGACGUGGGCAUGGACGUGGGCAUGGACGAGGGCAUGGACGAGGGCAUGGACGGGGGCAUGGACGUGUGGAGCCGCCUGGAGCUGUGGGGGGAGCUGGCGCGCUCUUGUGGCCUGGGCACGGUACAGCAGGGCCUGGAGCAGCUGUGGGGGCUGCUGCUGCUCUGCGGACUCUGCAGGAUCUGCUUCAGGAUCGGCUGGAGCUCGUCCCUGAAACACCUCGUCUCUGCCGGGCUGGGUGUGAGCGCCCUCUACCUGUUCUUCGAGGUGCACACGCUGUGGGUGCUGCUGCUCUGCGCCCUGUCCUACCUCCUCCUCCAUCUGAACCAGCGCUCCAGAGGCAGGGGUGUGCUCCUGUCUCUGCUCCUGCUGCUCUUCCUCCUCACCGGGGAGCUGCAUUUUGUGGACCCUGUGACCUGGGCUAAAAUCAGAGGGAGUCAGAUGGUGGUGGCCAUGAAGGUCAUCUCUUUGGCCUUUGACCUGGACAGUGGAGCCGUGAGCCAGAUGCCCUCCCUCCCUCAGUUCCUGGGUUAUGUGCUGUUCGUGGGCAGCGCCGUGUUCGGGCCCUGGAGCUCUUUCUCCCACUACACGAGCGCCGUGGAGGGGAAGGCGCUGUCUCUGAGCUGGUUCGUGGCCUGUGCUGGAGGUUUGUUGAAGAGUCUGUUGUGUCUGGUGGUGUCCAGCUGUGUGGCUCCAUACCUCUUCCCCGCCAUCGUCCCCAUCAGCGGCGGAGAGCUCACUGACAGAUGGCUGCGUGCCUACGAGAACGCCGUCUCCUUCCACUUCAGUAACUACUUCGUGGGUCACUUGAGCGAGGUCACCAGCAUGUUGGCGGGAGCAGGUUUCACACAGGACAAGGAGCAGACGCACUGGGACAUGAGUGUGGUCAGACCUCUGCAGGUGGAGAUGCCGCGCUCUCUGGUGCUGGUGGUCACCUCCUGGAACAUCCCCAUGUCCCAGUGGCUCAAGACCUAUGUGUUUAAAAACGCCAUGAGACUGGGCACCUUCUCCGCCAUCUUGGUCACCUACACAGCCAGUGCUCUGCUGCACGGCCUGAGCUUCCACCUGGGGGCCGUGCUUCUGUCUCUGGGCUUCCUCACGUACACAGAACACGUUUUGAGAAAGAAGCUGGCGGUCAUCCUGAGUGCGUGCGUGCUCUCCCGACCCUGUCCCCCCGGCUGCACCCACCAGCACAAAAAGGACCUGUGGGUGGUGGCGUUGAACCUGUGCUUCACGUUCCUGGCCGUGCUGCACCUGACCUACCUGGGCUCCAUGUUCGACCCCGGGCUCACGGAGGAGGAGGCGGAGAUGGGCUACGCGGCGGCCCACACCCUGCAGAGAUGGUCUGAGCUGCACUGGACCAGUCACUGGAUCAUCGUCCUCACCUGGCUCCUCUGCCGCUGCCUUUAGCCCCUCCCCCUGCACCUGCCACUGCCUCUAACCCCUCCCCCUGCACCUGUCUCAUGUACAUACACUGUUACCGUUUUGUAUAUCU